GCUCAUUCGUGGCAUAUGAAUACCGUUCGUAAACCAGUUUUGUAAGGUCAUUUUCUUCGUCGAAAAGUUCUCCGUUGAGUGUUGUCGUGAGUGAUCGACUGAGAGGAGAGAAUCCAAGCGGCCUCGAAGUAUACGCUUAGCCCAGCAUAACAUUGGCAAAGACCGUCAAUUGUGUUCGUUCUUGUUUCCGAAUUUAUGUUCAGAAAUCCUUUAUUUGUGCGUUCUCGCGACCCGUAUCAAUUUGUUGUGAAGGAAGUAACUCAGAAAGGCAAGAUGUCCUUCUUCAUCGCAAAGCCGACCGCAGCGCGGAAGCGCUCGGGAUUGCAGCGCCCGGCGAAGAUGCUUUUGCCGGCGGCAGUUUUGCCGACCUUGGAUCAGGAGGGUACUACUAUUUUUGAUCACGCGAGUACCGAGAUUAUUUGAUUUUUGUUAUGACACAAUUGCCUUAGAUCCCUCCAUGCUCUAUGUCUAUGUUGCAGAGGAACGAGAGUACAUGAGACGAGUGAUCGAGUAACACACGUCGAAUUUUGUCACAAACAUAAUCCAACAAAACACCAGGGGUGUUCCACGUCUCCGCAUACCAAAAGAAGGAGAAGCGCGGCAAUCUGCGCGGGUCGAACAAGAAUGCGUUCAGUGCUUUGGAGGACCAUGUGGACGGGACGAGCACGCCACCGGGAUCGCCGGUACAUCUUCAUUGAAAUUCUUUUGGGUGAAAAUGUUGAAAUCUGAAUUAUUCCCUGAAGUGUCUGAAAUUUUGCGUCGAAACAACAUGGCCUGGAGCUGGACAUGUGAAAACCAUACCAAAUCAGAUGUCCGCGUUGGAGAAGCAGCUUGUCUUAAACAAGUUUAAGCCAGCUGCGGAUGGCGAUGGGGCUGCACCAGCUGCGGAUGGCGAUGGGGCUGCACCAGCUGCGGGGGAUGGCGAUGGGGAUGCAUUGGUCGAGCAACUGAUGGGAGAAAAGGGCUACGCACACUGCAUCAAUAACCCAAGCGGGCCCGGCUGUAACGUGGGACUUCUCGCGGUGAAACAACACUUCGAGCAGUUGUACCAAUCGGAUCUUGGAAAUCCUAGCAAGGUCGCGGAUCUGAACAAAUUUAUUGAUGAUGACAAAUAUCCUGUGCAAAACCAUCGCACUAGUAUAAAUCGCAUGACAAAUGAUUUUCUCAGCAUGGGAAAUAAAAAAAAAAUUCUUGUUGUGCUGUGGGUUUAUUUAAAGAAAAGAAAAACUGUAACGCAUGACUGCGAUUCGGAUUUCAAUUGCAUACUGCUAGUGCGAUACUUUUGCAAUCCAUAGCAUGAUGUUGACAAGUGCGGUGGAUGCUUGGGUAAAGAAAAAAAAAGCGAAGCAAGAGCGUUUUGCGGAAAAAUCGAAAGAAGCGCAAGCGGUCGAGGACGCGGCCGCGAAGGGGCAGUCCUGAGACGAGAAAGCGUCAGGCAGCAAAUGAGACUGUGCUGAAAAAUGGUCGAAGACAAAAUGCUUGCUUUGCGUAGGGAUCAAUAUCAAACCUGUCGCUUUGACAAGCAGUACGUAAGUAUCCAACCAGGAGUCGUAGUUCGUAAGGUUUGAAAGUUCUUGGUCUCGCGUAGCUAGCUCUCGAAGUCGAGAAGUUGUACCACUCGUUUUAUAAGUCCAGAAUGUGAAUCUAUAAUAUUAAAUCAAAAACAAUCGCGUAAAUUUUGUACUUGUAUUUUCAAAAUUCUACUCACUCUUAAUGUUAAUACCUCUUCUAAGGCAGCAUGUAUAAAAUGACAACUCACUACUCUGUGCAUCUUACAGCUGUUGAUGUGUAUUUAAGCGAAAUUAUAUCCCUCCCUGAAACAGUUGAGUUGUAAUAAAAAACGAUCCCUAAGUAGUCGAGGCCCCCGCGAACCUCCGCUUGUAGCGCGUACCGCGACGUUUGGUCAUUGCAGCAGCAGGUUUUGGCUAU